GAACAAGCUAAACAUAUCAACGGAUUUAAAGAUGUCAUUGCGCAUGAUCCUGCAACCUGCUCCAUCACACCGGGCCGAGAAACACUCAUUGAGAUAGAUAAAAAUGGUCAGGGACUCGGGAUUAGCUUGGUUGGUGGCUCGGAUACCAUUCUGGGCAGUACUGUGAUUCACGAGAUCUACGCCGAUGGUGCGGCAGCCAAAGAUGGCCGACUGCAACCUGGUGACCAACUUUUCCAAGUUAACGGUCACUCGCUAAGAAAUGUCACGCACAAGGUGGCGAUCUCUUUUCUGAGGCAGACGCCGACCAAGGUUCGUUUGGUAGUGUUUCGAGACCCGGAAAUGAUUACCAAUCUUAUGAGCCCGGGAUUAAUUUACGACAUUUUUGACGUGGAAUUGAACAAAAAGCCUGGCAGGGGACUCGGACUGAGCAUCGUUGGCCGCAAGCACGAACCCGGAGUGUUCGUUUCGGAAAUAGUGAAAGGAGGCGUUGCUGAUGCCGACGGUCGCUUAAUGCCAGGUGACCAACUUUUAGCUGUUAAUGGGAAUGAUAUUUCUAAAGCAUAUCGCGAAGAAGCUGCAGCGUUAAUGAAGACCACAAUGGGGGCUGUAAAAUUGAAAAUCGGUCGACUGAAGGGAACCUCCCCUUCAAGCAAAGAGUUUCAGCAGCGCGGUGUUGCAUCCUCAAUGAAUCAACAAAAAGUGGUGCCUCAAAGUGAGUCCUCUGAUUCCAAAAUUUCGCCACCUAAUCACGUGAUUGUUAAUUUUCUAUUAAAGUUUUCAGGCAAAAAGCCUUCAUCAGAACACACAGGUCCACCUAAUGACAUCAUUAACGUUGAAUUGAAUAAAACACCGGAAGAGCCAUGGGGAAUGGGAAUCGGAAAACGAACCAAAGGCAUAUACAUCACUUCGAUAAUGCCAAAUUCCGCCGUCGUUGGAAAACUUGUUCAGCCCACGUCGCAGUACAUUCCUCUUGUAUUAAUAUGUCAUGUCCGCAGACACUAA